ACUAGUGUGUGCUGAUUUUCUCGUUGAUCUUUCAAGUACAUUUUAACGUAGAUUUAAAACUACACAUUUUAUUAUUUUUUCCUAAACAAUCAACGUUUUUAUUUCCAAUUAUGGAUGAAAUAUAUUUUCGCAUUACAAAUCAUCUAGAAAUAUUACAGAAAGAAAUAUAUUUCUCAUGUCUCUGCAAGUAUGAAAUAAUUGAAAAAGAAAUUUGGGAUAAGGUUCAAGCAUCUUUAGCGAUUCAACAAGGACAACAAUGGGUUUCUGCAUUAUUAACGUACUGUCAAAGGUACAUUCAAGAAUUAUCUAGCGAUCAACAUGUGCAGUAUAUGAAAGAUAUCAUACAUAAUCUGCUAACGUAUAUUAAAAAAUCUUGGGAACAGUUACAUUUCAAAUAUUAUUCUAUUCAUAUUAAUUUUACACAAUUUUAUCAACAAUUACCAGCGAUAUGUGCUAAUGAAGUCACACGAAGAGAGAUCAUAUUUUGUCUAGCAGGUAUAUCGAUAGGUACAUUAAUAGGCUAUAUCAUAGGUAGGAAUUGGAUUUAUUAUUCCCACCAUAUGCAUUAUAUAAAAGCUAUUAUAUGUCACCAUUAUAUCGGUACAGAGGGUGUUUCAAUGAUAGAUGAUGCGGAAAUGCCAACGAUUCGUAAAUCUAACGAUUUACUGAUACAAGUUAAAGCUGCUUCGGUUAACGUCGUUGAUACAAAAAUAUGUUCUGGUUAUUCAAAAGCUUAUAGAAGACUCCUAAAUUCUAGAAGGCAUAAAGAUAUUCCAAUAAUAUUAGGUAGGGAUUGUUCAGGUAUAGUUAUUGAUAUUGGACAAAGCGUUAUUAAUUUUGACAUUGGAGACGAAGUAUUUCUUGCUGUACCUUCAUGGGCACCUGGUACCAUGGCAGAAUACAUAACUGUUCCAGAAACUCAAGUAGUUAAGCGACCUAAACGAUGUACUCAUGAAACAGCUGCGAGUAUUCCUUAUAGCGGUUGCAUGGCAUGGGAUGCUUUAGUUAAUAAGUCUAUUAUUAAAGAAGGCAAUGCAAAAGGACAAAGGGUGCUUAUAUACGGAGGUAAUACUCCAGUUGGAUGUAUUUUAAUCCAACUUGUAAAAUUAUGGGGCGGCUAUGUAGUAACAGCAUCUAGACAAAAUGCUCUACCUGUAAUGAGAGCUUUAGGUGCUGAUGAAGUUUUAUCAUUAAAUGAAUCAAAUAUUGAGAAGGAGUUAGAACUUCAUGAUAAGUUUAAUGCAAUUUUUUAUACCAGUGGUCAAUUAACGGAAUCACAUAUAUUAAAAAAAUAUUUACAUCCUCAUGGGUCCUUCGUGACAACAAUGCCUGAACAUUUAAUGUCAGAUUCAUUGGGAUUUAUAUCAGGAAGUAUAUUUGCUGGAUGUGUACGCAUUAAAUUAUUAAUACAGUAUAUAUUUGGUUGUAAUAUACACCAAUGGAAAGAAGGUUCUAAAAUAAAAGUCGAGUACUUGCAAGCAUUAUCUGAAUUAACCGAUGCAGAUGAAAUACAACCUGUCGUCGAUAGAGUUUAUACUCCUCACAAUAUCGAAGAAGCAUUACAUCACAUAUUAGAUCCGGAUGCUAUUGGAAGUACCAUAAUAAAAUUUUAAAAAUAGAUCAUUUUGAAAUAAUUUUCUCAUUAAAACAUUAAGAUGUUAUCAUCGAGGUAUAUUAUUGUAGAAAAAAAAUAUCAUCAUCAUUGCAAUGCUACCAAAGUUAAGACUGAUGAAGUAGAAAAAAAUAAAUGCACAUGUUAUUCUUUUAAGCUCGCUUUACGCAUUGCUAAAGUUAUAAAAAGAGAAUAAACUAUAAGAUUAAAAAAAAAAAAACAAAUAAAAGUAAUAAUGCACUUACAAAAGAAAGUAAAUUUUUAUUUAUUGAUGCAAUGAUUCUUUUAUAUUGGAAUAUUAAAUCAAGAUUGAGAUACAGUUUUUAUAAAACAUAAAUUCUUAAUAUAUGUAUCAGUCGAUUUGAAAUACUUAAUAA